CAAACGUCAUCUCUAUUUUUAGCCCCAAACAACUCGGACUGCGUAGGAACAAGUCGCUUGCCGUUGUUGGGCCGUUUUCUUGGGCCCCUUUGGGGCACCAAAGCCUCAUUCUAUCAUUUUUGACGUCAAACGCGCUAAACUAAGAAGCCAAAGUGCCGGUCCCCGAGGUUACGAGCUUCCUUGCGGGGAAGCUCGGGCCAGUUUUGUGGGCCCAGCCUGGGAUGGCCAAGGAGAGGCUGAUGGGCGUGAAGAACCUGGUAGAACGGGCCGUACAGCUGGCCCGUGGAGUGGCCCAGGGCUCUCGGCAGACCCUCCACACCAUCCGACACAGGGUCGAACAGAAGGCAGGGCUACACCAGGUACCAGGCAGACAUCCACAGGCUGUCACUACUGUCACUACAACACAGCAACAAGCACCAUCAUUCUUUACCAGAGUCCUGCUGCCGAAGCAAAUCAACAGUCUUGCUGCCACCCUGCGUAGAAGCGCCGCCUUGCGCCUGCUGGCAUAUCGCAGCCCGUCUCACAACCAGAUCCCCAUCUUUGCCUUUGUGGGCCUGGCCUACGCCAGCGCCGUGUCAAACAGUGACAAAGAGGCUGAAGAACACUGUGAUUCACUCUGUAAGGACAUCAGGGCCAUCUUCCAUCCCUUCAUGCCCAAACUGCGAGGCUCCCUGUCCCUGCUGAAGCCAGGUAAAGAGUACCAGCUGGAUGACUUUGCACUGGGAGAGUGUGUGGGACAGGGCUGUAACGCUGUGGUGUAUGAGGCCAGUCUGAAGGAUGAUGGGAACAGAAACAUGGAGGAAACAGAAGAACAGACACAGGAGCCAUCUAACAACAACAGUGUCAUCCCUGAACCUGAGGAGCAGCCUGCCACAGGAGCUGUCAAUCAUCCUGCCACUUGCCAUGGCGAUUGCCCCUCCCUGGCAGUGAAGAUGGUGUUUAACCUGGAGGUGGAGUCGUGCAGUCAGGCCAUCAUGCGGGAGAUGAGAAGGGAGGUCGUACCUGCCAGACAGGUCAAGGUCAACGGGAGGAUCAUGGGAAGGGACUGGGAGAAUGGGAACCGUGUGAAGAAGAAGCGUCUGCCGCCCCAUCCUAACAUCAUCGAGAUGCUGACAGUGUUUACAGACACAGUCCCCCUGCUGCCUGACGCCAUGCAGAACUACCCAGCAGCCCUGCCCGCCAGGUUCAACCCCGAGGGCUUCGGCAGGAACAUGACUCUCUUCAUCGUCAUGAAACGGUACCCAGUGACACUGAAGGAAUACCUUGAAACCAACACACCGAGUUCCAGGGUUGCCAUGGCGAUGGUUGCCCAGCUACUGGAGGGCGUGUCCCACCUGGUGGAUCAUGGGAUAGCGCACCGUGACCUGAAGAAUGACAACAUCCUUGUGGAGCUCCAUGGAGACUGCUGUCCCAGACUGAUCCUGACAGACUUCGGCUGCUGCCUGUGUAACAAUGACAACAGUCUCCAGGUGCCCUUCCCUCACUCAGAACUGGACACACGGGACGGCAACUCUGCACUUAUGGCUCCAGAGGUGGCAACUGCUGUCCCAGGGCCAAGAAACUUUGUUGACUACACAAAGUCUGACGUGUUUGCUGUUGGUGCACUGGCCUAUGAGAUCCUGGGUCAGCCCAACCCUUUCUACAAGAGUGAAGCUGGCACCAGAUUGAACACCUGCACAUUCAAGGAAGCUGACCUGCCCCCACUGCCCAGCUCUGCGGAUGGGAAAUUCUGCAACAUUGUAAAACUACUGCUGAAGAGAGACCCUACACAGAGACCAAAUGCCAGGGUGGCUGCCAACAUGGUCCAUCUCCUCAUGUGGGAUGGUGGUCACCUGACCAGUUCUAAAGAUCUGAUUGGUUGGCUUAUGCAACUUUCAGCAAUCACACUGCUUGAAAAGGUUAAGGGUCACAAAGUGAGGGGUCAGGGGUCAGAUAACACUGAGCAUCUGCUGAAAAGAGAGUUUUUGUGUAACGUAACUGUGGGGGAACUGAUGGAGGCUUUCCAUUUGCUCAGAUUUUGUUGAUCUUUUUGUUCUCAAGUUGCUACCUACACUGUAGCCUGGAGUCCAGCCUUGUUAGCUUUGGUCCGCUCCCCAAGAUCCCCUAACCUACACAAUGCAUUUUCUGUAAAAAAAAAAAACAAGUCAGAAGCAAGCUUAAGGUAUGAAAGAGCAGAGGGGAAAUGAC